AAAAUGUACCCCAUGUACCGCUUAAUUAUAAACAAUCUCAGACUAUCGCAAAGAAACAACAAAGGCAUUCAUAGUUCUUCGAUUUUAAACACUUUCUGGGAGAAAGAUGAUAAAGGGGGCUAUAAAACGAAGACACAAGUACCCAUGAAGGAGCGACUGCGGUUAGGGUUGCAAGAACUUAAACAAGAGAUAGCUUUGUGGACGCAAGAGUUGAAAGAAGAUUUCGAAAAUGAUCCCGUUUUAGUGUAUAGACCAGGAGAGACUGACAUAGUUUGGAAAUUCGGUACUGAAGAGUCGCUGAAGCAGUGGGUAGUGACUUGUGAUAGUGACCACGGGGAAGGUUUUAGUACGUGUGGUUUAACGUUAUCGAACAAUGGGCAGGGGUUGCUUUCUGGGGAAUUGUCAACCAGAGUACCAAAAGACGGACGGGUGAAAAGAGCUGGUUAUUGCAAUAUUAGAACUCUUAGAGCUAGAAAAUCUUUUAAAAGAGAAGCGUACUUGAAUUGGGUGGCUUAUAACAUGUUAGUGUUGAAAGUGAGAGGUGAUGGACGGUCAUAUAUGUUGAAUAUUAACACAAGGGGUUACUAUGACGUUCUAUGGAACGAUAUGUACCAUUAUGUACUUUACACACGAGGUGGUCCGUACUGGCAAGUCACAAAAAUUCCGUUCUCGAAAUUUUUUAUGUCCUCGAAAGGUAGGGUGCAAGACAGGCAGUAUCCGAUUCCGUUGAACAAAGUGACAAAUUUUGGGAUAUCAGUAGGAGAUAAAAUAAACGGGCCAUUUUCGCUUGAAAUUGAUUAUAUAGGACUGGAGUAUGACCCAAACCAUACAGAAGAAUUUGCAUAUGAACAGUAUAAAGCACCAAAAUACAUUGUCUCGACGUAA